CUAACAAAAAGUCAAAGAAAAAGUUAGUAAGUAAAAAAAAGAUAGGUAAUACUAAAAAUAAUAACAGUGUUUCUGAAAGAAAUAUCAAAAAUGAUAAUACACCAAAAUCUAUAACAAAACUCCAAAAUCAACUCCAAAAAGGUGAUUUCAAA